GUACCAGUUGACAAGUUCGUCGUCGACAAAAUACAAAAAACUUGUUUGACAGAUUUGGACAGGCAGCUUCAGAGAUUGUUUGUUGAUGGAAUAACACAAAGAGAGUGUAAAGUGUUCAUGAAAUGGUGGCAGACUGGAAAUGAUAGAAGUAACAGCCAGCUUGCCUCGAGGGCCCGUGUUCUUAGCAGGGGAGAUAAUCCAUUGUGAUAUUGUCUUCAUCAAUGGCGUGAAGACAGAGCAAGUUUCAAAAAAUGAAGUGGACUGCCUGGCAUGGGCCAGUGUACAGGUGAUCUGUCAGUGUACAGUGAGUGACUCACGAGUCCAGCUGCCCAGAUCUCAGCUCCUUUCUGCCGAGGACGCUUCCACUUCUGGAGGCGAAACGUCGUUUGUACCAAACAAAGGGGAAAGAGGUUUGACAGUUUUGACUACAAAACCAAAAAUUCUGUUCUGUGAUCUGAAGCUCCAGCCAGGAGAGAUGAGACAUUUCGUAUUUGAGGACACAAUACCAACAGACGCUCCUCCUUCUUUCCGGGGGCAAGCUGUAAAAUACUCAUACAAAAUUAUUAUUGGCACUCAGCGCUUUGAACACCCAACUAAACUGCUACGGAUUCCUUUCAGGGUUAUGGUUUUGUAUGGUUUAAAUGACAUCAGUGUGUAUAAUGAAUCUGGUGAGUUUCCUCCGAGCAACCCGUUCCUCAAGCGGAAGGAAAAUUCUUUGUUAGAUGUGGCACUGCAAGUUCUUUCUACCGUUACAGCCAGGAAAUCUCCACACUCCUACAAUAUCACAAAUGCCAAAGGCAAGGUGGCCAGGUUCCUGAUGUUUAAGCAAGCCUAUAAGCUGGGUGAAGAUAUUGUUGGCAUAUUUGACUUCACCGAUGGAACGGUUCCUUGUGUGCAAUAUUCUGUUACCUUGCAAAGUGAGGAACAGAUUGCUGAAGAGUGUCGUAGGAAGGCAAGUCAAGGCGUCGCUGUGACGUCGUAUGUCAAACACCAGGAGAUGUGUCUCCACACUCUGAAAUCUAGCAUCAACAUACCUUUACCUUUAACAGCUGCUCCGGGUUUCAUCACUGACAUAGUUUGCCUACGAUGGAGACUUCAUUUUGAAUUUGUGACGUCGUGCGAGCCGAUAGAAGGACCCAUGCGACCUACGAAUCCAGAUGAGAAUGUGACCUGGCGGGGGCCGCCCACCGUGAACGUAGAGACGAUGGUUUGGGAUCUACCUAUCAAAGUGUUCCCACCAAACCCACUCCAUGCGUCCAGUGUCACACUCAUGAGGACUAGCUCGAGCAUCCGAGUCUGAUGAAAACUGUAAAGAUUAAGACUUGACAGAUUUACUUGUGGGGAUGUUCCACUAUGAAUGUUGAGACAGUGAAAUUUCCCAACAAACCCACUCCACACUUCUAGUGUUACCCUCAUGAAAAGUGGCGACACUUAGCCCAGUAGUAAAGCGCUCGCCUGAUGCAUGGUCGGUUUGGGAUCGAUCCCAAUUGGUGGGGCCCAUUGUGCCUCUUCUCGUUCCAGCCAGUGCACCACAAGUGGUUUAUUAAAGGCCAUGGUAUGUACUAUCCUGUCUGUGGGAUGGUGCAUAUAAAAGAUUCCUUGCUACUAAUGGAAAAAUGUGGCGGGUUUCCUCUCUUAAAAUGUCAAAAUUACCUAAUGUUUAAGUUGGGAUUAUUAUAAUGAUUAUUUUAUGUCUGGUGGGGCUGCUGUUGGUUAUUUAAAAUUUUAUUUUGUGGGUGAUGGUUUUUAAAAAAAAUGCCUCCCACCCCCACCCCCCUUAAGAUCAAUUUUGGAAUAGCCCUAAUCACAUUUUUUUGCAAAUAAUUGUAUGAUAAAUUAAUUGACUCAUCUAACAUUUACCUGUUAACACUGGGUAUUCUGUAUGGAAUAUGUUUGUAUAUAGUUUAUGUAUUUAAAGAAAAAAUGUGCAAUUUCUAUAUACAUGUAUCACAAAUACUGAUAGUUUGUAAAUACAAUGUAAUAGAAUUCCGCUAUAAUGGUGUGUGCCAUGAUUCAAAGGAUAAAACUGCAUAGUAAUGACCCACGAUGAAAUCAGUGUUUAAGAAGUCCAAUCGAUCUGGUUAUCGAUGACCAAAUAAAUUACGAAUAAUUAAAAAUGUUAUCAAAGUUGAUAUCAACCUCUUAAAAAAGGGUCGACAAUGAUGUCGCUGUAACUUUGUAAAUAUUUGUAUGGUGUAUGUUUCUCAGAAUGUCCCAACUUUAUUUUUACUUCAAUUUCAGGUGGUCUCAAAAUUAAUUGCAGCAGUUAUAAAAUUAAAAAGUACUCUCUACCUGAGGCCACUGGGACAAAAAUAAAGUUGAUCUAAUAGUGUAGUUGAUUGUUUAAUGAAGGUUGUUGCAAUGCUGAAGCUGUUUUCAGUAUAUAAGAUAAUUACUUUAAAUUAAUUUAACAACUUUAAAUGCAAUUUUAUACAUUUCAUUCAUGGUUGCUGGUUACAACUAAACAAUGGUAAAUAAAUAAUGAUACUUGCUGA